AUGAGACCUCCCCAACUCCUUAUUCCACUCCUCCUCCUACUCAACUACAAUUAUGCUCAACUACUAACGAUAUCCACAACCUAUCAAGCAGAAGAUGUAGGAUUAGCCACAAGUGAACAUCCACAAUGUAGAGCAUGGCAGCUAUGGUGGAAAACACAGAGUACCAUCAUUGAUCUGACGAGUGCAGACAUUGAUCUACUGGCGUACAGACGUCAUAAAGUUUGGGUCAAGGACAAGAACGAAGCCGAAAAAUACCAUCUUCCCCAUGAAAUUCUGAAAAACUUCACAGAAGUAGAAAUAGAUUUUGAGAAUGUGUGCCGGCUUCAUCCUCGAGUAUUGCGAAUAGCUAGCCAAGCGGCUGCCAAGAGAUUCCAUCUUAACGUCGAAAGUCUUUGUAUGCAGGACAAUUCCCGUCGUGAAUCAGAAGAAUUUUUGAACGAAAUUGUUGUAGAGGAUGAUGUCGGGAAGCUGCAGAGAUCGAUAAACUUAGCUGAGACAGAAUCACAAAUAAUUUAUGUAAACGAUUCGCAGACAAAUGUGGAAAAAGGGCUGGGAUUAGACGAGAAACUUUUUGAAAUCCAUCAAUCUGUUGCGAUCGUCGCUGAUAAAGUUUGUAAUGGAUCAAGCUCAGUGGAUGUGGACGAGGAUCUACAAUAUUACACAGAGAAAUAUGGUACAUUAGCCUUCGACUUCAGCCCGUUAGGAGCCAAUAUCGACGAAUUUAUGGAACCAUUUAGAAAUCCAGAUCAUUUGGACUCAAUUUUAAGAAGUUUCAAUGAGAACGACAUUGCUUCAAAGCGACCAUUUCCAUCCACCCGUCUACUUCCACUUUUAAAACUUGUAAAAUAUGACUCAAGGACUCCUCCUGUCCUUUUCGUUGGCGACAAAGUCACUGUGAAAAUUGGACUGCAAAUCGAAUCAAUAAGCAAUUUUGAAUUAUCGACAAUGGACUAUUCCGUUGACACUUGGCUUCGUAUGGCUUGGUAUGAUCCCAGAUUAAAGCACGGCUCAAGUCGUCCAGUGCUUGUCAAUGAAUUCACUUUUUUGAAAAAAUUAUGGCGACCAGAUCCUAUUUUUACAAAUGCUAAAGCAGCACGAUUUCACAAGGUCACCUACCUCAAUUUCUACAUGUACAUAUUUCCUGGAGGUGAAGUUUUUAUGGACAUCAGAAUUUAUCUGAAACCAACAGCGGCAAAAAUUGUGCUCUGCAAAUAUCCACACGACAAACCGGCCUGUUCACUUAAAAUCAGCUCAUUAGGGUUUACAUCUGAUUCGGUCGAAUUUGUGUGGUUUUCCGACAAAGAAAAUGCGAUUCAGCUAAAUCGUGACCUGGAAAUCCCUGAGCUAUCGCUGAUUGACGUUAAGGCCAAAAAAUGUGAUGGAAAAAGAAAAUCAGGGAACUAUUCAUGUUUGGAAGCUCAGUUCUUCUUGCAACGACAACUCGGUUUUCAUAUUGCACAAACAUAUAUCCCUACUAUGAUUUGCGUGCUGUUCUCCUGGAUUAGCCCCUGGUUACCGGAAGAAUUUGUAGAAGGGAGAAUAUUCGUUUCUCUCACCGUGUUUCUUACACUUAGCGCUGAAGGUAACUCAGCAAAAGAGGAGCUGCCGAAGGUUUCCUACAUAAAGGCAAUCGACAUAUGGUUUGGAUUCACGUCCACAUUCGUCUUUAUAACGAUGCUUCAAGCCCUUCUGGUCAUCUCCUUAGAACAUUACAGUAACUCCAUCAGACGAAAAUGCGAGAAUAAUGUGGACGAGUACAGUAACUACAAGAUAAUGUACAUGAUGUUGCGAAGUCGCCGUUAUCAUCGCAUUGCAAGGGAUUGUGACAACUUUUGCAAGGUUAUGUAUCCUGUAACCUUUGUCCUAUUCCUGUUGAUUUAUGGAUUCGUCAUUAUUCAAGGCGAAGAAAAUAAAUGUGUUUCUCAGUGA